AUGUCUGGAGGGCACAACAAAAUGAGGCCUGAGGGAGGGCGAGAGUUGCAGUGGGAGCCUCUUCCUGUGGGGCAAACGCUGUCUCGAGUUCAAAACUCCAGGCCCAAAGUCCUACGCACUAGCAAUCAGGUUGCACCUGACAAUGGGCAGGAUGAGGAGGAAGACUCAUCGUCUGAUGACGAUGAGGACCCUUCAGACUUGGAUCCGUCUGACUUGGAAGAUGAGGAGGAUCACCACAAAAAGAAAAAGAAGUGCACCGUGUAUAAGCAAAUCGCGCCAACGACACCCGAAAAGUACAGCGGUGAGGCUGACCCAAUGAAAUUCUACCGCUUUGCAACCCAAUGCGCGAGAUUCUGCAGGGAGGCCAAUAUCCCAAAGUAUGAUCGGAUAUCCAAAUGUGCGGAUUACUUGACCGGUAAAGUGUACAAGUUCUACACAACAGAAGUAUCAAUGGAUACCAAAGGGUGGAGCAUGAAGAAAUUUCUGAAAGGUCUCUUCAAUUAUUGCCUCCCACCUGACUUCCAUUUGAAGCAAAGCCGUAAGCUAGAAAAGAUGACGCAGGGAAACCUACAAGUCAGAGAAUACGUGGCUGAGCUAUUGAUAGUAUUCCGUACCCUCGGGUCAUCCUCAACACGUCAACGUGUUGACAAGUUGUGGAAUGGUUUAAGGGUUGAGUUACAGCGAGCAUUGUGGAGGGAGAACUUGGACCCCCAAACCUCAUCAUGGAAAGAAGUUGUGUGUGUUGCUGAGCGGCACGAGAUCACUGAUCGCCUUGUUUUAGGAGAUCACAAUACAGGCGCUAGUUCGAGCAAGCACACAAAUCAGAAUACGAAGAGUCAUUACAAUAAUAACAGUAGCGCACCUUCAAGCUUGUUGAAACCCUUUAAGCCACAUGACAAUGAAAAGUCGAGGUCAGAUAAGGGAAAAGAGCCCGAAAAGAAGAAGGAAAGCACACCUGAGCUAACCAAGGACGAGAAGGCACUUCUUUGCAAGCAAGGUAAAUGCUUCCAUUGCCACGAGGAGGGCCAUGUCUCGCACCAGUGCCCAAAAGCACAGACAGUAUCCUCAAACAAAGGCAGUAAGCCCCCUGGUUUGAAGAGCUUCAGUGUGGAGCUUGCCGUUCAAAAGGAGAAACAGUACCGAAACCUGGAAGGUACCACCGAGCCAGUGAAAUCAGUUGGAGUGUCAUCAGUAAUGUUGGCAAAUGUCUCAUUUGACACCAGGAACAUCACAGAAAGGAGUGAGGUCUUCCAGGACUUCGCUAAUUUCAUGUCUGGUGCAGUCAAUGAGAAUGAUUCCUGGAUGUGCAAGUCAGAUGUGGAUGACCUGCCUGAGGAAUUAGACCCUACCUUAUCAUAUGAGGAGGCUGCAAGGCUGUUGUAUGAUCCGGAGAGUGAAGACACACCCAAAAACGUGGAUGGGAAGAUCGGGGAUCCUUGCUGGGAAAGCAAGGACGAAGUGACCAAUGAAACGGAAGUACUUGAGGCUUUGAUGGCCUUGCAAGACGAUUUCCUGAUUGGCCGGUGGUAUGCAAUUAAGUGCACACAGCGGGAACGAGUUAGGGUGAAGCCCUUACCUCGAUGGCACAAGAAAUCGCCACAAAAGUGCAAUUUGUGGGCACUUAAUGGUGCAUGGAAGCUUGUGUUUGAGCACGUCGAGCAGCUUGACAGCUGGGACCUUGACACCCUGUUUGACAAGACACCGCCUGAUAUCUUCUCAGAUGCGGGAGGGAGCAAUGACGAUGAUGAUGACGGUGACGAUGAUGAGUGGAUGAAUUCAUUUCUUGAAGCUUAUAUGAUUGAGCUAGACGAGGAAUUUGAUAUUCAUUGCGCUGCAUCAAAAGCAAAAGGGAAUGACAAGUACCCUUCAGCACAUAGGAUGGCAGCCUUCAUGAAAGAUUUCUCGAGGGUAGUACCGGAACCAUCCGAAUAG